CACUCAAGGAGAGAGUCGAUUUUCUCACUCCCCUUAAAUACUGCUCUCCCUCUCUCUCUCUCUCUCUCUCUCUCUUAAAUAACAAGUCUAUCAAUGGCGGCGAUGUCGCUUUCAGAGCUUGAUGAAGAUACGGUCCGCAGCAUGGCUAUCGGAGCCGUCUUCUCAGACUUCGGCGGGAAGAUAAAUUCUCUUGAUUUUCAUCGGACAGACGAUCUUCUGGUCACCGCCAGCGAGGAUGAUUCAGUGAGACUCUACGACAUAGCCAACGCCAAGUUGCUGAAGAGCACAUAUCACAAGAAACACGGUGCAGAGCAGAUAUGCUUUACCCACCAUCCUAGUUCGGUUAUCUGCUCCUCCAAAUACAAUUUAGAUUCCAGUGGUGCAGAAUCCUUGCGAUAUUUGUCAAUGUAUGACAACCGAUGCCUACGCUACUUUAAAGGGCACAAAGAGAGGAUUGUUUCUCUCUGCAUGUCUCCUGUCAAUGAUAGCUUUAUGUCUGGUUCUCUUGACCACACUGCCAGAAUAUGGGAUCUUCGUGUAAAUGCCUGCCAGGGAAUUUUACAUCUACGUGGCAGACCUACUGUUGCAUAUGACCAACAAGGCCUUGUCUUUGCCGUGGCAAUGGAAGGGGGUGCUAUUAAAUUAUUUGAUUCACGUUCCUAUGAUAAGGGCCCCUUUGAUACAUUUUUAGUCGGUGGAGAUACAGCUGAGGUUUGUAAUAUCAAAUUCAGCAAUGAUGGUAAAUCAAUGCUGCUGACAACGACAAACAACAACAUUUAUAUUCUCGAUGCUUAUGGUGGAGAGAAACGUUUUGGGUUCAGUGUGGAACCAUCUCCAAAUACUAAUGUAGAGGCAACAUUUACCCCAGAUGGGCAGUAUGUUAUUUCGGUUCAAAUUCCUUUCUCGGGUUUAGGCUCAGGAGAUGGAUCCUUGCAGGCCUGGAACAUCAACUUAGCCAAAGAGGUGGCAAGCUGGAAUAGUCACAUUGGAGUUGCGACAUGCUUGAAGUGGGCUCCUCGAAGAGCCAUGUUUGUUGCUGCAUCAACUGCUCUCACCUUUUGGAUACCCAACACUACUACCGACCCUGGUUCCAGAGACGCUGUAGGCGAAGCCCCUGCCCCUGCACCUGCACCUGCAUAACUCUCCUCACUGGGCUCAGGAUCAGGAUUCGAUUUUGUACUUGUCUCAUUUGCUCCAGUUUUGUAAAAUAAUCAUAUAAAAAACUAUUGAAAACUUCUAGAUCCCAUCUGUUUUGGCUUUCAA